UUUUUCUUUUCAAAAUCAUUGUAUAUCCAGUUUAUCUCUCUCACAAUCCCCAUCCCUUUGCUCUCUCUCACUUCUCUCGGCCGUCUGGCGAGAAAUCUGUCACCGCCGCUGCGCUCCUCAUCCGGUCGCGUCUAUCCGCUGACUCCGCCGUAGCAGCAGUUUCCAACGCCCACAUUUCGGUAUUGCAGAUGGAAAGAGGGAAAACUCCGCCGCCGCCGCCAGCUGCUUCAUCCUCGGCCUCUCCGCCGCCAUGGAUCGAACCUCCCGAAGAUGUAACGGUCAACAUUCUCCAGAGGUUGGGCGCGGAGGAGAAGCUAAGCGCGCAACUAGUGUGUAGUAGCUGGUGGAAAGUUUGCAAGGAUCCCGCCAUGUGGCGAGUGAUCGAUUUGUGCAACCCUGAUUCUGAUUCUAGGACUGUGAAAAAGGAGUACGUUGCCAUGUGCCGCCGUGCAGUAGAUCGGAGCCAGGGGCAAUUGGUCGACUUCGCCAUUGACUCCUUCGGUGAUGGGGAGCUGAUAAACUACGUCGUUGAUCGAGCACAAAAUCUCAAACGUCUUAAACUUGUAUCUUGCAAUGAGAUGUCUGGAGGUCCUUUUAUUCAAGCGGUUGAAAAACUUAGACAGUUGGAAGAAUUGCACCUUACUAUGAUCCCAUGUAUUUAUGCUCACCACAUUGAAGCUAUUGGCAGUUCUUGCCCAAAGUUGAAAUCAUUCUCGUAUAACGAAUGCGGUUCAAAGCAUCAGCUUCCGCCAGAUUCAGAAGAUGAAGAUAUUGAUGAAGGAUUGGAUGUGAAUGAUUAUGCUCGAGCAAUCGGAAAAUGCAUGCCUAAUUUGCAUCAUCUUCAACUUUCUGGGUAUGAGAUGCAAGAUGAAGGACUUGAAGCCAUCCUUGAUGGCUGUCCACGACUCGUAUCACUUGACAUCCGGCAAUGCUCUGGUCUCGCUCUUAGAGGGGAUUUAGGGAACAGAUGCUAUGAGCAGAUAAAACAUCUGAUGCUCCCUAUUGACUCUCUAUCACGCCUUUAUAGCUCUCUAUCUAUAUGGAAUAUUGUUAAUAUUAAUGAUCUUGAUUUUAACCCUGAUAAGUUUGCCUUUGUUGGUGAAGAUGACCCUUCUGAUAGUUAUGAUUGUUUCGAAGAAUACUUUGAUCCUUUUAUCUAUGGAUCCUUCAAUACUGACUCACCUGGGUUGUCCGACUCCGACAAUUUCUGAGCUAGGAACAGGAUCACAGCAGAGGGUUUUUGUGUUGGUAGUUGAUUUCAAGUGGUUAUGGCUGCAUUUUGGGACUUUCAACCCAUCUCUAGUGAGAUAUGAAUGGUAGUAGCAAUGUACAUCUUAUGACUCUGCCCUCAUUUUGAAUGUUUUAGUAGCUGAACUAACUUCAUGCAUAAGAAUGUUUCUAUAUAUGAUCGUUAUGUUCUUCGCCGUUUUUA